UCUGAAUGCUGUUUUAUCGCGGGAUUUCAAGCAUCAGGCCCGCAGCCAUCGCCAAUAACAAUUUUGAGGUAUAGUUCUCCGGUGACGGAUCCAUGAUGAGCUAUGCAGAAAAGCCAGAAGACAUCACGAAAGAGGAAUGGAUGGAGAAACUAAACAAUGUGCACAUUCAGAGAGCAGAUAUGAACCGCCUCAUCAUGAACUAUUUAGUAACUGAGGGAUUUAAGGAGGCUGCAGAGAAGUUCCGGAUAGAGUCUGGCAUUGAGCCCAGUGUGGAUCUGGACUCACUGGACGAGAGGAUAAAGAUCAGAGAGAUGAUUCUGAAAGGUCAGAUACAGGAAGCUAUCUCUCUCAUUAACAGUCUUCAUCCAGAGCUUUUGGACACCAACCGAUACUUGUACUUUCACCUUCAGCAGCAGCAUUUGAUCGAGCUGAUUCGUCUGAGAGAGACGGAGGCUGCACUCGAGUUUGCACAAUCACAACUGGCUGAACAGGGCGAAGAGAGCAGGGAAUGUCUAACUGAGAUGGAGAGAACUCUGGCCCUGCUCGCUUUCGACAACCCUGAGGAGUCACCUUUCGGAGACCUACUUAACAUGAUGCAGCGGCAGAAGGUUUGGAGUGAGGUGAAUCAGGCGGUACUAGACUACGAGAACAGAGAGUCAACGCCAAAACUGGCAAAACUGCUGAAGCUGUUGUUAUGGGCACAGAAUGAACUGGACCAGAAAAAAGUCAAAUAUCCUAAAAUGACAGACCUCAGUAAGGGUACAAUUGAAGACCCAAAGUAAAAAAACAAAACAAAAAAAAAACUGUCAACACCAUGGACAUUAUACUGUUUUGCCACUAUUUAUAAACAGUCAGUGACUGGAACAAAAAUAAAUAAAUAUAUAAUCGUAUAUAUGAAUACAUUUUUCCACUAACUUAACUAUAUAAUGUAUUAUUUUUCAGAGAAGAUAUGCUUAUUAAACAGUAGAUAUA